UGGGUUCAAGGGAUCUCAGAUUUGUUUCCCUCGGCCACCACGGCAUAAUUGCAUGCUCAUCGCACGGGAAAUAAUGUACAGUAUCGUAUUUAAGUGUGUGUGUGUGUGUGUGUGGGGAGACACCGACGCCGCACAUGCUCAGGCCACAGCUCAGCCUGCUGCUCCUCGUAGGCUCCUCCCUGGCGUGCGCGUGAGGAGAGAGGAGACCGAGAUCCGCAAGCGGUUCAGAGGGGGGGUGCGUCGCGCAGGCAGGACCGAGGAGGAAUCACCACAGCCCCGGCCGGGACUGCCAGACCCGACCCGCUGGAUCCCUGGAGGAACGGAGAGAACACGUCGCCCAAGGGAGAGGAGCUCUGUUCAGGUCUAUGUGAAACCAUAUACUGGAUGAAAGCGCUCUCUCAUGAUGUUCUCGUCUGUGAAGGCCUUCGAGGGGCAGCAGUACUCCACCCUGAAGAGGCAGUGCCUUGCCAGCGGCCUGCUGUUCGAGGACCUGCGCUUCCCCGCAGUGGAUGACACCCUCUUUUACCAGGGCAACAGGAUCGGACGUGUGCACUGGAAGAGACCCCGGGAGCUCUGUGAGGACCCUCACCUGUUUGUGGAUGGGAUCAGUGCGCACGACCUGCACCAGGGCCAGCUGGGAAACUGCUGGUUUGUGGCGGCGUGCUCCAGCCUGGCCUCCAGAGAGUCCCUGUGGUCCAAAGUCAUCCCAGACUGGAAGGAGCAGGAGUGGGACACAGAGACGCCUGAGUCAUAUGCCGGAAUCUUCCACUUCCGCUUCUGGCGCUUUGGCGAGUGGGUGGACGUGGUGAUUGACGACCGGCUGCCCACGGUGGACAACCAGCUGGUCUACUGCCACUCAGAUGACAGUAACGAGUUCUGGAGCGCACUGGUGGAGAAGGCCUAUGCGAAAGUAUACGGCUGCUACGAGGCCCUGGACGGUGGGAAUACGGCAGAUGCACUGGUGGACUUCACAGGGGGUGUGUCGGAGCCUAUGGACCUGCUGGAGGGCCAGAUGGCCACGGACGAGGUGGCCCGCAACCAGCUGUUUGAGAGGGUACUGAAGGUCCACAACCGGGAUGGCCUCAUCAGCUGUUCCAUCCGGGCAACCACUGUGGAGGACAUGGAGGCGCGGCUGGACUGCGGCCUGGUUAAAGGUCACGCAUACGCGGUGACGGAUGUGAAGAAGGUGCGUCUGGGCCAGGGCCUGCUGGCCUUCUUCAAGUCAGAGAAGCUCAACAUGAUCCGCAUGAGGAACCCAUGGGGAGAGAAGGAGUGGAGCGGGCCCUGGAGUGACAGCUCAGAUGAGUGGAAGAAGGUGAGCAAGAGUGAGAGAGAGAAGCUGGGUGUCACCGUGCAGGACGACGGAGAGUUUUGGAUGACGUUUGAUGACUUCUGCCAGUACUUCACAGACCUGAUCCUGUGCCGCCUCAUCAACACCUCCUACCUGAGCAUCCACAAGACCUGGGAGGAGGAGGUGAUGAGGGGCUCAUGGGUCCCCCGCCAAGAUCCCCUGAGGAACCGCUCUGGGGGCUGCAUCAACCACAAGGCUACCUUCCUGCAGAACCCACAGUUUGUGUUUGAUGUGAAGAAGGUAGAGGACGAGGUGUUGAUCGCCCUGCAGCAGAAGGAGAGGAGAGCCACCACCAAAGAGGGCAAAGGAGAUAACCUGGCCAUAGGCUUUGACAUUCACCGGGUGGAACUGAACAGAAAGUACCGCAUGCACACGUCCCAGCAGAAGGUGGCGGGCUCCAUCUACAUCAACUCGCGCUGCGUCUUCCUCAGGAAGGAGCUCAAAGAGGGUCGCUACGUCAUCAUCCCCACGACUUUUGACCCCAGGCAGCAGGGUGACUUCCUGUUGCGGGUCUUCACCGACGUGCCUUCAGACUGCAAAGAGUUGAACCUAGACGAGCCCCCCCAGACGUGUUGGACGGGCAUGUGUGGUUACCCCCAGCUGGUCACCCAGGUCCACGUUCUGAGUGCAGAGGGACUCCAGGGCCAGGACUCUAAUGGGGCCUCUGACCCGUACGUCAUCAUCACCUGUGAGGGGGAGCGGGUGCGCUCACCAGUGCACAAGGACACACGGAGCCCCAACUUCGACGUCAAAGGCCUGUUCUAUCGCAAGAAGCCCAAGGAAGGCAUCCACAUUGAGAUCUACAAUAAGAAUGUGAUUGUGGAUACCUUCCUGGGUCAGGUGACCCUGUCCAGUGACCCGAACGACCGGCAGGUGCAGCACACGCUCCACCUGCGCGACAAGGGCAAUCGCCAAGACAACGACCUCCCAGGCACAGUCACCGUGCGCCUCAUCACCUGCACCACACUCAUCAACAUAUGACGUCCCUUCCGUCUCCGCUCUCGCCAUGGAAUGUCGGAGCUUUACCUUUGACCUUUGUCAUCAUGGCAACCCUUUGCCUCCCCCUCCCCUCCCCACCACUAUACCAAGCAUGGCAAUUAACCUGUUAACCCUGGGAUCUAGCUCCACCUGACCCGGGGCUCCCCUAAACAUAUACAGACACAGCUUGGUGUCUUUUUUCUCUUUCUCUUUCUCUCUCUCUCUCGCGCUCUCUCUCUCUCUUUCUCUCGCUCUCUCCCCCCUCUCUCUCUCUCUCACACACACACACACACACACACACACACACACACACACAGGCCGUGUCUGAAUACCUGUACUUGCAUUCUAAAUGGUAGGCUGAGUAUGCGAAAAUAGAAAGUUUCAUAGUAUUUGACAAACAGUAUGCUUUAAAACUUAGUGUGCUUUAAUUGCCAGGAUGCCAGACUGAUUUCAUUUUUUCAUCUACUAUAAUUUGCUGCACACUAUUGAGGCAGAGAAGCAUAAUUUCAGACCCACGUAUGAUUGACAACAGCUGAUAAUAAUCUAUUCAUCAGAAAAGAGGACGGGCUGUACCAAAAUGAACGAAUAGCGGGAACUAACUGAUUAGAUGACGCAUUCUCAGUGUGGGUGAGUCUAGUAUGCUGAUAUGUUCCUUACUGCAUACAUAUACUAAACAGUACAUUCUUAAUAGUAUGUAGCAUGAUUAGCACACAGUAUUUAGUUUUAGUAAGUAGUAGACAAGACAGAUUUCAGAAACAACCACACACUCCUAUCUCUCUACAUGCCUUCAACUCUCCCACACACACAUACCUUUUAACAUGCGCCUGCACUCCCCAGUGUCACUAAGGGCUAUGCAUCGCCUUAAGGCUGAGUGGGUCUCUUUAGGACCCUGUGUCUUUUUAGGACCAGCCAUAUGUCGGGUGGGAGGGGGGUCAUGGUAUUGGGUGGUAUACUGGGACCCCUCUAUCCAUCCUAUUCGCUGAGUGUUUUUUACUCUGUCUCUUGACUGAUGUCGCAGCCCCAUUGUAGUCCCAGAAAGACCAUAUUAUCAGCCGUUACUGUUUCUUCCAUCAAUGACUGAGUGUCAUUUGGGAUGCAACCUCUGUCUAUCAUCCACUUUCUAUAGUCCCCACAAAACAAGCCAACUACCAAGAAAGUGACGCCAAAAGCACCAAUGACCUCCCGUGGGGGGCUGCUGGUGUUUAUGUGAGUGUAGCCUUGCCUCCUCCCCCUUCCAUCCCAUCCAUCCCCCUUUCCUCCUCCCACUCCCCUCGGACUACGCUUCUGCCGGUUGCCAUGGACGAUAUCGAGUUUAGCAUGGCUAAAAAAGACUGCCUGCAUUGCGCAUCCCCCAUCCCCCUUUAUACACACACACACACACACACACACACACACACACACACACACAC